AUGACAUCGCCCGAUGAUGAUUAUGGUCAAGCAUCAAAUAAUAACAGUCAUAGUAGUAUUAGUAUAACAAGUGGAAAUCGACGUAUGAAUAGCAAUAGCAGUAAUCCUUAUUCACCAUCAUCAACCGGUAUUGAAAUACGUAUUUUAAUGACUUCUCGUGAUGCUGGAGCUGUUAUUGGUAAAGGUGGUUCAUCAAUACAAAAACUUCGUGCUGAUCAUCCACGUACAAUAAUUCAAGUACCUGAUUGUGCAUCACCUGAACGUGUAUUAAUUAUAAAUGGUGAAAAUGAUCAAUGUUUUGAUGCUUUACAACAAAUAAUUCCAGUUUUAACUGAUAGUUCACGUCUUUCAUCAUUUAAUCGACGACGUAAUAUGAAUACAAGUGGAACAGGAGGAAAUUCCGAUCAAAAUCAAUCCAAUGAUGAUAAUCAAACGACAGGUGAUAUACCAUCAGAAAUUCGUAUACUUGUUUAUCAAAUUUAUUGUGGAGCUAUUAUUGGUAAAGGUGGACAACAUGUUAAAGAAUUACGACAAACAUAUAAUCUUGAUAUAAAAGUAUUUUCAUUAUGUUGUCCAUUAAGUCAUGAAAGAGUUAUAUCAUUACGUGGAAAAAUUGAUGAUAUUAUUGAAUGUAUUAAACACAUCUAUUCAUUGAUGAGUUCAUCUUCACAACAACCAAGAGGUGCACUAUUAAUUCAAUAUGAUCCACAUAAUUUUGAUAUUUAUACUGUGAAUGAAUAUGGCGGUUUUCCACCUCCAGGUGGUGUUGAUAAUCGUAUUGGAUAUAAUCCACGAGGACCAUAUCCACCGAGUGGACCACGUGGUGGUAUGUAUCCUAUACAACCUUUACCUGCUCUUGUUGAUGUACCAUAUGGUGGUGGACCAGGUUUAGGUCCCCGUUGCCCUCCGAAUCCUGUAUUACUUACAUCAACACGUGUCACUUUACCAAAUGAACUUGUAGGCGCAAUUAUUGGUCCACGCGGUGCAAAAAUUCAACAAAUACGUCAGGCAACUAACGCAAAUAUUAUAAUUGAUGAUCAACCUAUUCCUACUGGCACAGGUGGUGGUGAUCGAAUAAUAACAAUUGAAGGAACACCAGAACAGAUUAGUCGUGCACAAGCUCUUCUUCAACAAGCUGUUCGUCAAUCUGGUCUUUGGCGACCAUGA